UUAUAAAAUGGCCGCAGUUCGAGGCAUUGGCCACCUCUGCAGCCCCUGCCGCUGCCGCUGCCGCCGCUGGAGUGGACGGACUCUCUCCUCCUUUUCCUCCUGACCUCCUCGCUUCGCCCAAACACAACCGGACCCUGCUGGUGCUGCCCGUGGUGGUGGUACUAUAUCUCGGAGGCGGAAGUCGUUGCUUCUUCUUGUGAUGGUUGUUUGGGUUUGAGCUCGCGAUGAGGUGAGGCUACGGCGGCGCCGAGGGUUGCAUGGUGAUUGACGGUGGCCGAUGGAGAGUAGGCAAGGAGGUUCAGCGGCGGCGGCGGCGGAAGAUGCGGGCAGGGCGAUACCGAGCUUCGGGCCUCCUCAGCACUCCAUCCAUGCAGAUAUGACCAGCAUGCAACCUUCUCGAGUUACCGACUUUGGGGCGCUUGCACAGUCUGCUGGAUUCCGAAUAGAAGAUCUUGCUAAUCUUAAUACUAGCACUUUGUUCAAUCUGAAGCCAAAUAUUCAUACAAUUAACAACAAUCCUCUUCAGUUUGGAAGUUACGGAAAGCCUAUUUCUCCAUCUCAUAUAAAUACUACAACCGCAGCAACAGCUGCAGCAAGAAUUGACCCUCAGUCACUAGAACAGCAAACAGGAGCUCAACAAAAUCUGGUGGCUUUACCAACUGGUAACACCGAGAACUGGGGAGAGUCAGCUAUGGCUGAUAGUCCCAUGACUGACACAUCAACAGAUCCAGAUACUGAUGAGAGGAAUCAGAUGUUUGAACAAGGACUGGUUGCUGGCCCCACAGCUUCUGAUUCUAGUGACAAAUCGAGGGAUAAACUAGAUCAGAAGGUACUCUUGACACUUCGUCGUCUUGCCCAAAAUCGUGAAGCUGCCAGGAAAAGCCGUUUAAGAAAGAAGGUGUACAUCCAAAACCUUGAGAGUAGCAGACUGAAACUUACUCAGUUAGAGCAAGAGCUUCAGCGGGCUCGCCAACAGGGUAUAUUUAUUUCGACAUCAGUAGAUCAACCUCAAUCAGCGAACGCAAAUGGAGCUUUGGCAUUUGACAUGGAGUAUGCACGCUGGUUGGAGGAGCACAACAAACAUGUAAAUGAGUUGAGGGCUGCUCUCAAUGCACAUGCUGGAGACAAUGAUCUUCGAGGUAUUGUUGAUAGCAUCAUGGCACACUAUGACGAAAUUUUCAGGUUCAAGGGUGUGGCAGCCAAAGCAGAUGUUUUUCAUGUGCUGUCCGGGAUGUGGAAGACCCCUGCUGAGAGCUGUUUCAUGUGGUUAGGUGGUUUCCGAUCAUCUGAGCUUCUUAAGUUAUUGGCAGGUCAGCUAGAGCCUCUUACAGAUCAGCAGCUUGUUGGUAUAUCCAACCUGCAACAGUCAUCCCAACAAGCAGAGGAUGCUCUUUCCCAAGGGAUGGAAGCAUUACAACAGUCACUUGCAGAAACUCUAGCAUCUGGAUCUCUGGGCCCUGCUGGAUCUUCUGGCAAUGUUGCGAAUUACAUGGGACAGAUGGCAAUGGCUAUGGGAAAACUUGGCACCCUUGAAAACUUCCUACGACAGGCUGAUAAUCUGCGGCUACAAACACUUCAGCAAAUGCAACGCAUCUUAACCACUCGUCAAUCUGCACGAGCUCUACUUGCAAUAAGUGACUACUUCUCGCGGCUGCGUGCUCUGAGUUCUCUUUGGCUUGCUCGUCCACGGGAAUAAAUUCAAUUAAUUCAUGAUAGGAUAAUUAGGUACUGUCUCUAGUAUGCCCAUUAGUUUCUUCACAUUGCUCAUGUGUUGGUGCGAUAUUUGGAUCAGAAACUUCUCCUGUAUGUGUUCAAGUGAAUGUUCAGUUCAUAUUGUAGGUUAUUAUGAGUUAUUGGACAAGUAUGUAACAAUUUUGGAAAAAAAAAACAGAGUUGUAAAUAGAUGCGGAAUAAUCGAGAUCUUAUUACGGGAUGACAUUGGCGGACAUCAUUGACAGACAAA